AAUGGUACGUUUGUGUUUGGUAGGUUAACAAUGAAUCCCACUCCCAUGUCUUCCCAAUGUUAUAUAUAAGGAUUAAUACAUUAUCAUUCUCUAGCACCAAACAAGUACUCCACUCAUUACUACAUUAUCUCUUUUCAAGUUUCUCCAAACUUUUAAACUCAUAAUUUUGUUUCAAUAAUGGCAGAAUAAACUGCCAUGCAGCUUCUGAAUAGUUCUUCCAUGCAUGUCUUGAAUAGGUAAGAUCCCAUAAAACCCUUUUCUCUUUUUUCUUCACCAAGAUUCUUGUCUCUCUUCUUAAGUUUCUUGUCCAAGUAUGGAGAUUGGUUUGUCCAGUCUCUUGUUACUUGUGUUACUAUGCUGCAAUCUUUCUAUGCAUAAAGUUCUUGCUCUGAGUUCUGAUGGAGUGGCUCUGCUGUCACUCCUCGAGAAAUGGGAUUCCGCUCUUUCUUCCUUGAACUCGAGAUGGAAUCAGAAUGAUUCCACUCCUUGUUCGUGGGUAGGAAUUGAAUGUGACAAUAGUUCUCACCAUGUCACAUCCUUGAAUCUCUCUAGUUAUGGAAUUUCAGGCCAUAUUGGACCCGAAAUCGGCCAAUUGAGAAGUUUACAGACUCUUGAUUUGAGUUCAAACUACUUAUCUGGCUCAAUCCCCCAACAGUUGGGAGAUUGCACUCUUCUUGAGAAUUUAAUCCUAGCCUAUAACACACUCACUGGAAACAUACCAAACAGCCUGAAAAACUUGCAAAAUUUAAGAGUCCUUGACUUGCGUUUUAAUUUCCUGUCUGGGGAAAUACCUGAAUCUUUGUUCCAAAUUCCAACCUUAGAAGAGGUAGAUCUAAGCUACAACAACUUGAGUGGUUCCAUCCCUUCAAAUGUUGGGAUCAUGACCAAUCUUGUAGAGUUGUAUUUAGAAAAGAAUAAGCUAUCUGGGUCGAUUCCUUCGUCUAUUGGAAACUUGAGUAAAUUACAGACAGUUUAUCUUUAUGAUAACCAAUUGAGAGGAGUUUUACCUGAGAGCUUUAGCAACCUCAGUAGCCUUACUUAUCUAAUUUUAGCCCAUAAUCUUCUUGAGGGUAGAAUUCCUUGGGGAUUAGGUAACUGCAAGAAUUUGUAUUAUGUGGACUUGUCAUUCAAUAGUUUGAAUGGAGGCCUUCCUCCAACUUUGGGAAAUUGUAGUAGUUUGACAGUGUUUUCAGCUGUGCAUAACAAUUUAGUGGGGAAUAUUCCAUCUUCCUUUGGCCAACUAGAUCAGCUACAACUACUCUACCUUCCUGAGAACCAAUUGAGUGGGAAAAUACCAUCUGAGCUUGGAAAUUGUAAGUCAUUGAAAGAGAUUCAGUUGUAUGAAAACCAACUUGAUGGGGAAAUUCCCAGUGAGUUGGGGUUGCUGACUGAGUUACAAGACCUCGAACUGUUUGAGAAUCGUUUGAGCGGCGAAAUACCACUCAGUAUAUGGAAGAUUCGAAGUCUUGAGCAGAUACUUGUGUAUAACAACAGUCUUACUGGGGAGCUACCCUUGGAGAUGACUGAGCUUAGGAAACUACAAAAUGUUUCGCUGUUUCACAACCAAUUCUUUGGAAGCUUGCCUCAGAAUUUGGGACUUAACAGCAACUUGGCGGAGAUAGACAUUACUAAUAAUAAUUUUAGUGGUGAAAUCCCUCCAAAUAUUUGCUUUGGAAACCAAUUGAGGAAGCUUCUUUUGGGUUUAAACCAAUUUGAAGGUAGCAUACCCUCACAACUGGGAAGUUGUUCAACUUUGAAAAGACUGAUUCUCAAACACAACAAGCUCACUGGGGUUCUUCCAAAGUUUGCGAAAAACUUAAACCUUUCAUACAUGGACAUCAGCACGAACAACAUCGGCGGAGAAAUUCCACCAAGCUUGGGAAAUUGUACCAACAUCACAUUGAUUAAUUUGUCCCAGAACAAGUUAACAGGAUUCAUUCCACCAGAGCUUGGUAACCUUGCACAUCUUCAGACUUUAAUUCUUUCUCACAACAACUUGGUUGGUUCUUUGCCAUCUCAGCUGUCAAAUCGCACCCAGAUAGGUGUGCUUGAUGUUGGGUUCAAUUCGUUGAAUGGUUCCAUUCCCUCAAGUUUAACAAGCUGGACAUGUUUAUCCACUUUAAUCUUGAGUGAAAACCGUUUCACUGGUGGUAUCCCGCGCUUCUUGUCUGAGUUUGAAAAGCUCUCAGUGCUGGAACUCGGUGGCAAUCUUCUGGGAGGAGAGAUUCCCACAUCAAUCGGAGCAUUUGUAAAUCCGUUCUCUUUAUUGAACCUCAGCAAUAACGGAUUAACUGGGAAGCUUCCUUCAGAAAUGGGAAACAUCAAGCUGGAACGGUUGGAUAUAUCUCACAACAACUUGACAGGAAGCUUAACAGUUCUUGCUAGAAUAGCAACAUUGUUGGAGAUCAAUAUCUCAUACAAUGAUUUCACUGGUGCAGUACCAGAAACACUGAUGAAGUUGCUGCACUCAUCCUCAUCGCUUCAAGGUAACUCCGGCCUCUGUUUCAAUUCUCCCUCGUCCCCAAGAGGCUUACCAUGCAGUGGAGGCAGCAUUUUACAACCUUGUGACUAUGCAUCAAGCAAAAGAAAUGGCUCAAGAAGAUUGAGAUUUGCAAUAAUCUUCCUCGGAUCACUUGUUGUGGUUCUUCCAGGGUUGGUUUGGGUGUUUUUCUUAUUCAGAAGAUCAAAGCAUGAAAUAAGCUUCUCUUCAGAGGAAGGACCAUCUUCGUUGCUCAAACAAGUGGUGGAUGCAACAGAGAACCUCAAUGAUCAGUAUAUCAUAGGGCAAGGAGCUCAUGGAACUGUUUAUAAAGCCACACUAGGUCCUGAUGAAAUUUUUGCUGUAAAGAAACUUAUGAAUGUGGGGAACAAAGAAGGGUGUCUCGGUAUGAUCAGAGAAAUUGAAACUCUUGGGAAGAUCAAGCACCGGAAUCUGGUUAAACUGAAAGAGUUUUGGUUAAGAAAAGAUUAUGGUUUAAUCUUGUACAGCUACAUGGAAAAUGGUAGCCUUCAUGAUGUCCUACAUGAAAUGAAUCCACCACCAACUCUAGAGUGGAGUAUUCGCUAUAACAUAGCACUUGGAACUGCACAUGGAUUGGCCUAUCUCCAUUUUGACUGUAAUCCUGCAAUAGUUCAUCGAGACAUCAAACCGAAGAACAUACUCCUGGACUCAGAGAUGGAGCCGCAUAUCGCCGAUUUUGGCAUCGCCAAACUCCUGGAUGAAUCUUCUUCUUCAAUAUCAUCUAGCUCAGUACUUGGCACCACUGGAUUCAUUGCACCAGAAAACGCAUUUGCAACAACUAGGAGCACAGAGUCUGAUGUGUACAGUUAUGGAGUAGUUUUGCUUGAGUUGAUAACUAGAAAGCAGGCAGUGGAUCCUUCAUUUAUGGAGGGAACUGACAUUGUGAACUGGGUUAGGUGGUUAUGGAGCAAAGGAGCAGAAAUCAAUGAGAUAGUUGAUUCAAGUCUUGAGAGGGAACUGUCUAAUUUGACUGUUAAGGAACAAGUUAUUGAAGUUCUUCGAGUGGCCCUGAGAUGUACUGUAGAAGAUCCCAAGAAAAGACCAACAAUGAGAGAUGUUGUCAAGGAAGUAUUAGAUGUCAAUCCCCGUCGUAAUACACAGCUUAACAAGCUAGUUUCAAUAGGCGUCCAAGCCUAAAUUUGUAAUCUUUAUAUCUUAUCGUUUUAGUUUGAGGACUAAGAGUUGUCCCAACCUAGGUUUUUUCUAUUUGUAAGAUUUAUAUCUUCAAUAAUCCCCCAUUCCAUAUCA